AUCACUAGCACUUCCGGGAUUUUCCGCAGUGAGUCGUAGUGACGAGUUCCAAACAGCAAAACAGCUUUAAUCCUCAGAAGCUGUGAGAUGGCAGAGCCUCGAAGUCAGGUCUCGACUUCCAUGUCCCAGAAGUCAAUGGGAUUUUCGGCCUCGGAUGGGCCAGCAACAGAGAUGGACCCGGUGGAAUACACCCUCCGCAAGCGGCUGCCCAGGAAGCUACCAAAGCGGCGCAAUGAUGUCUACAUCAACAUGAAGACUGACUUCAAGGCCCAGCUGGCCAGGUGUCAGAAGCUGCUGGAUGGCAGUGCAGGUCACAAGGAGAUCUGCAUUCAUGGCCUUGGACUCGCUAUCAAUCGGGCCAUUAACAUUGCUCUGCAGUUGCAGGCAUUCAGUCAGGGGGCAAUUCAGCUCGCUGCCAACACCUCCACUGUAGAGCUCAUAGACGAUCUGGAACCUGAGGAUCCAGAUGAAGCUGGAGAGCCACUGACACGCACGCGCAACAACUCUGCCAUCCACAUCAAAGUGUUCUACCCCAAUGCUUAAAGACAGAUCCAGCUACAAAGUUUUAAGAUGUGAGACUAUUGACUUCAUGUCCAUGUUGAAAAUACACGAGAAAAGGACAAGCCAGUGUUUGCUUUUAGUUGUAUCAGGCUGUAAGCUUUCUUCUUUGCUAAUGCACUGAACGUGCAACCUGUUACAAUGAAUUACAAACAUUGCUGAAGAGAUGCCAAAUUGGAGACAUUCAGAUGAAACGACAUUAUGUAAAAUUAUGAUGUUACUGUCUGAACUGGAAAUUAGGAAGGGUUUGUGUGAAUUUAGCUAAGCAGCACUGUCCAAACCUGCCAUUUCACUGACAGUAAAUGGAAGGAGAUCUAGUCUUCAGGGAGAAGAACUGUGACCUGUAUCUGUGAAUCAUGUUUCUGUAGUUCUCAUACAACCAGGAGGUUAAACAUUUUGUGCUGGUGUGUUGUUCUGGAGUGAAAAAUAUUAUUAAAUGUGUCUCUGUACGUCAGAUUUCCCCGAAGCACAAAUUGAUGUAUUUUUUUUAAUUAAUCUUAUUUUUGAACAUUUGUUGCAUAGUUGUUUAAAUAAAGCACUAUUAUAUACG